AUCUGAAACUCAGACCCCUCUUGGCUCUGCUGGCCCCACCCACAAGGCAUGCUCUAUAUAUCCAGUCGCCAGGACUGGGGAGACCAGCUGCCCCUGAAUCCCAGGACAACCGGCUGGAUCUGUUCUCACAGCAGACAGAGCACAGAGACUGGCAAACAUGAUUCCAACACAGCGGGAUUCCCAGCUUUGCCUCCUUCUCCUGCUGGGGCUCUUGGGGAUGGCAAUCUCCUUCCAUGGAGCACCCGGCAAUCUAACAGCAACUCAGUGGUUUUAUACUCAACACAUAAAUAUGACCAACCCUCAAUGCAACAUCGCAAUGCAGCCGAUUAAUUAUCUUUAUUUUGGUGUUUAUGGGACAUGCAAACGCAUAAAUACUUUCCUCCAUACAACAUAUGCUACUGUAGCUAAUAUUUGUAUGACCCCAAAUGUAACCUGCCCUAGUAGCCACUAUACAAAUUGUCAUAAUAGCUCAACUCAAGUGACGGUAACCAACUGCAACCUCACAGGCCGCUCAACAACUUAUAGGAACUGCAGAUACAGCACAAGCCAAGCACAGAAGAUCUACAUUGUUGCCUGUGACUGCAGAACUCGACGGGACAAUCCAGCAUACAUGAAGGUUCCAGUUCACCUGGAUUGGCUCAUCUAGGCUCUGAGUCAGCACUUUGUGCCAAGCCCCACAGUCACAGCCAAGGUCACAUCCUACCGUGUACCUUAGAUGUCAGCAUCAGUCCUCAUCACCAGCCCCCAUCCCCCUUAAAGCUUUGCUGAGCUGAAGCUCCUGUGCUCCUGCAAUAAACUUCUUUGCAGAAUCA